GAUAACAAUUUCAUUCUUUCUCCGGCAGUCAUUUGUUGAACUCUCGCUCGACAAUGAAGUUUGCAACUUUAUUCAUUUUGUCCCUGGCCGUGAUACUGGUGAAUUGCGGUCACACAUUUAUGGGGACAAAUGUACAGAAACAGCUCUUGUACCGUACAACCGCGAAAUACAGUGCAAAUAUGUUCACAAAAAGGAUUGAAUACAUGAAUUACACUAUGCCGAAUUUGCCUGCUUAUCUUGGUCGCUAUAUUCAGGGUUUCCUGGCCUACGACAUGACCAAUACCGGCGCAUCGUGCAAUGUCACUGGUGGAGGUGUGGGCAUGAACUUCCUACAUUUGCGUAUGAAGAGCGACCGCGGAAAACCUCUGAAUUACGAAAUUUUUAUCUAUUCCUAGAUUUGAGGGAAUCAAUAUAAAGUCCGUUGAGAAAAUAUAUACUUGUACUUA